UCAGACAACAAGUCAAAGCGACCGUCAAAUUGUUGUCAAAGUGAUUUGUUGCUGUUGUUUGACUUUAUGCCUUUUGCGUGCCGAAAUACACACAGAUAAUCGGGAAAUUCGCCGGUUUUCCGCCUAGGCAAGCGUUGGCAGAGUGAAAUUAAUGCUGUUUGAACAGUUUGACAUCCGUAUCAACUAGUGUCAUCAUUUGCAAAAGUCCAACUCAAUUGAUGUGAAGAUGGCCAAUAUAACAUGAGCAGCAGGGGGGAAGAGCCCCACAAUAGGGGCUCGUCGACCAAAUCAAGCAUUCAAGAAAAAGUAGGCACGUUGUUCUACAGCAUUGGGCUGCUAUGCAGCAGCUACCCCACUUCAGUGUUGGCGUUCGCCAUUGCCAUUAUCGUUGGUUGCUGCAUCCCCUUGGUGAACAUUCCUUUGCCAUUGACGUCGCCUAAACAGGAAUGGGUGUCGGACGGGAAUGUUACUGGCGCCCCUUUUUGCUACAUUCAGCAAGUGGUCUUAAAAGUCGCAGUUUUGCCUUGGGACGCCGAUUUGCGACUCGGAGAUGGAUUUAGAGCGCCUCUUUACGAGUCCUUCAAACUCCUGGAUAUCGUGCGAAACUACCAGGACAAGGACAGCUUCAAGACAUUGGGACAUGUGUGUUUGCACAUUGAAGCUGUUGCCAACAGCAAGACCGGCUCCAGCUUGCUGAUGCCCCAAUACAGCUGCCUCGUGCUGUCGCCAGCCAACUUUUGGCAGCAGGACAUCAACCAGUUCAGCCAGGACAGCGCGAUUCUUACCAACAUAUUCAGCCAUCAUCGAUACCACAAGGGCAAAGUGUCGACGGCCGAGGUUUUAUUCGGCAUGCCAUUGAGAGAUACCGGAAUCAAACGGUACCCUCUUCGUCACCGGCAGAGGAUCAUUCAGUUUGCUGUUACGCUCUUUUUUAAGGAUUUCGACCGAGGGUUUAUACAGGGGCUUCAAGAAAAGCUGAUUUCCGUUUACCCGCUUCAUCAGAAUGGCAGCAAGCUGACGGCCGCGCUAAACGACACCCUAAUCAUCCACUACCCUGAAGAGAUUGAUUACUUCGAACUAGCCCCUAUCGUGGCAGCUUUCCUGCUCCUGUUCCUCUACUACUAUUUCUAUGUGCGAAAAAUCGACGAAAUCAAGUCGAAAGCGGGUAUGUCUUUUGCGGCAACCAUCACCGUGUUGUGCAGCCUGCUGAUGACCAUGGGCGUGUGCUUCAUCUUCGGCCUGGCCGUCAACAACCAAAGAGGCAAGUGGAUAUUUCCCUAUCUGGCCAUACUGUUCGGGCUGGAGAACGUUCUGGUUUUGACUAAAAGUGUGCUGAUGACUCCGCUGCACUUGGACGCGAAAAUCCGACUAGCGCAAGGCCUGAGCAAAGAGGGCUGGAGCACGACGAAGAACCUCUUGAUCGAAAUAACGAUUUUCACCUUUGGACUGUUCACGUUCGUGCCGGUGAUUCAGGAGUUUUGCAUCUUCGCCCUUGUCAGUCUGGUUGCCGGGUUGUUCUUGCAGAUAUUGUUCUUUUCCACUGUGCUCGGCAUCGAUCUGCACAGAGCCAGCACGACGAUAGAGAAAACAAGCUUCAGAAACGCUCUAUAUCAACCGCUAGCCACUGGGGAAAGCGCCAGCUUUGUAACGAAGGGAAUGAGUCGCUCCAGGUCACAUCCCAGGCUGAGUUUUCCUGCCAAUGUGGUUGCUGCGCAAAAGCACAACGGCAACCAGGACAAGAAAAUCCCAAAACGGUUGAGGAUGGUGAAUAUUUGGGCGCGCACGCGACUCUUCCAACGCUCCUUUAUGGUGCUGAUGGUCGUGUGGAUCUGCAUGAUUAUUUACAACAGCGACAUCAUCAACAACUACUUCUUGAGCACGAGUGAAGAUCGCCACAAUCAGAGUGGGGUGCAGUUUCAGAAGAACUACCUCAACCUGAACUUUUUCCCCGAUAUCAACACGACGCGAACGUUGAAUUUCGUCACCUACAGCCCGUUAGAGAUGGAUGCGGCCGCCAGGCACAACCAAUCGUUUGAGGUCGACAGGCUGAAGCCGUCCGGGUAUUCGCCGUGGCUGAAGCUGUCCUCCAGCCAUUGGUCGGGCAUUUUGAGCAACUACAACCUGUCGCUGAGCGGACAGAGCGUGGUGAUUUUGCCCAGCAUCAAGUUGGCGCAUGUGAUCAGCCCCCAACAAGCCGUUUUGCUGAGGAAUCCAGACGAAAAGUACGGCAACAAGAUGCAAUGGCAGGCGCUUGCCAUGGCUUUGGAUCCCAUCGAUUUUAAUGGAGAUGACUUUCCAGCAAUAGACCAAAUAGAGCAGCCGCUCUAUCCAAGAUCCCCAAUGGAAAUCGCACUGUUGUCGAUUCUGAUCUUGAUCAGUGUCAUAGUGAUGACGUACGGCUUCGUCGUGCUCUAUAAGUGUAUUUGCUCAAGAAAUUACGCUGAAUGGCGCGCCUCUUGGUACCCGGAGAAGAACGAAGAUCUGGUUGAUGAACAGUUUAUGCUUGAAGCAGUUCCUGUGGUUCUAGACGGGCACAUUCAGGAAGUUGAAUGCAUAGCAACUGAUGGCGUUCAUCUAGCGAGCGUUUGCUUGGGCGGUCAGCUGAAAAUCUGGGAUAACAACACGGGGGAAAGCGUGGCAGUGAUCGACCGCAAAACCCAUUUUGGCCUGAACAACAACGAAGCCCCAAAGGGCUUCGAGCAGCCGGAUGAUCCAUCAGAUUGCGAAUCGAGCUGGCCGCCUAUCGACGCGGCGUUCUCUCCCUAUACGGGCAGGAUCAACACGAACUUUUCAAGCGUUCGGCUGCGUACUUUUCGAGAAGCAACCGACUGGAUGAGCGAUAUGUCCAAAAUUCUUCAUACGCCCUAUAGCCGCUCGAAUUCAGAAGACAGAUCGGGCGGCUCAAGUCGCAAAACGAGCGAUUCGACUGGGGGUAAACUGUCCUCUGUAUGGGCAAUGGAUUAUGUGGAUAACUUAAUUAUUAUUGGAUGCGCCGAUGGCAGGUUGGAGCUAUGGGAAGCGACUACUUGCAGACUGAAGUGUGUUUUCGAGGACGGCAACGAAUCAGGCAUCACCAACCUAAAACUGAUUGGAUCGCGUGUGAUUGCAGCCAGAUUGUGCGGUUCUUUGGACUUUUUGCAGCUGCAAACGUUCAAUCAGGGCAGGCCGGUGGACUGGAACUUCACCUGCGCCUAUAGGAGGACGCACAUCCGAACAGGCUCGAUGGGUUCCAUACCAGAGCGCCACGUACAAAAUCAAAGUGAUCCGGACGAAGAGUUGCGAUGCAUCAAAGUGCUGAGCGUCAAGGCGCAUCAGCAGCCAAUCACCUGCUUGGACUGCGAAGGCGGGCGCAUAGUGAGCGGCAGCCAAGACCACACCUUGAAAGUCUACAGAGUGGAGAAUGGGGAUCGCCUCUACACUCUGCAUGGACAUUGCGGGCCAAUCACGUGUCUGUUCAUUGACCGAGUGUGUCCCGCCACAUCGGGAAGCGGCUCCCAGGACGGAAUGCUGUGCGUUUGGGAUCUGUUGUCAGGUACUUGUAUGUACAGCAUUCAAGCCCACGAUGGCUGCAUCAGCUCGUUGACUUACUCGGCAAGUUACGUAAUCUCAUUAGGGAUAGAUGAGAGGCUCUGUGUGUGGGAGCGCUUUCAGGGCCAUCUGUUAAACACCAUCGUAAUUGGCCAGGUGUUCUCCAAUCACAUCUUAAUGUUGGCCCCCCACUUAGUGGUAACCGGGCGAAAUGGGGGGCUGGUGAUUUGGGAUGUGCGCAAUGGUGACUGUGUUCGGACUAUAACACUGGGCCGAGAGCCGUUCGUGUUCAUCAAACAGUUGAUUCUGUUGAGGGACGCUGUUUUGUGCGACUACGGCAAACAGUUGCGCAUUGUGCGAUUCCCACUAAUCACCCACAAGUUUGACUAGAAUGGACUGUCUUUCCGGGAACAUCGAACAAAACUGAGUGAUACGACGUAGCUAUUAAUUGAACGGUUUGUGAUAAAAUUGACGCUAUUUUCAGACAAAUCUAACUUAACAAUGCAACUUUGAAACUAUUUUACCUGAUGCUUUCAAGUGUUUUUGUCUUUUUAUAAGGUGUUUUAAUUUGUCAGGUCAACAGAGAUCGGUAGAAUUAAGCCCCAUUAAAUUAUUUUUCUUUAAUACCUUGCCCCUUUCCUUCACUUCACUUUGGUAUAUUUAGUGCGGUUUAGUCCUCUUUGAUAUUCUAAAAUUGUUGUUUGUUAAUGGAUAGGAAUCCAGACAUUGUGUUGAAUGCUUUUGCAAUGUUUGCAUUUUUUAGGAGAAAUAAAUUAUUUUCCAACUA